AGAAGAGGUGGCCUGGUAGAUCAUCGCGACGUCAUCAAAGCUCACCAAUCACACAAGCUACAGAGCACACCACAGGCCCGUCGCAAGGAAUGGGAAAUGGCGCGCUUUGGAGACGAAGUGCCGGCCAGGUAUGGCGGGGGCCCAGGCCAAGGGGGACCUGGCCGUGGUGGCAGCAGGCAAGGCGGCCCACCAGGAGCCCAGAGGAUGUACAAGCAAUCAAUGGCUCAAAGAGCCCGAACGAUGGCCCUGUACAAUCCAAUUCCGGUCCGACAGAACUGCCUGACAGUCAACCGUUCUCUUUUUCUGUUCAGCGAAGACAACGUGGUGAGAAAAUACGCCAAAAAGAUCACCGAAUGGCCUCCAUUUGAAUGGAUGAUUUUAACCACCAUCAUCGCUAACUGUAUUGUACUGGCCCUGGAGCAACAUCUACCAGACGAGGACAAAACUCCACUCUCUGAACGUUUGGAUGACACAGAGCCCUACUUCAUUGCCAUCUUCUGCUUUGAGUCAGGCAUUAAGAUCCUCGCUCUGGGCUUUGCUUUCCACAAGGGCUCCUAUCUACGCAACGGCUGGAACGUCAUGGACUUUGUAGUAGUUCUCACGGGUAUCUUGUCCACAGUGGGUUCAGAGUUUGACCUGCGGACGUUGCGAGCCGUCAGGGUGCUACGACCGCUCAAACUGGUAUCAGGAAUCCCCAGCCUGCAGGUGGUGCUGAAGUCCAUCAUGAAGGCCAUGAUCCCACUGCUACAGAUUGGUGUAUUGCUCUUCGUGGCCAUCCUCAUGUUCGCCAUCAUCGGCCUGGAGUUUUACAUGGGCAAGUUCCACGCCACCUGCUACGAAAUUAGCACAAAUGAGAUGCUUGACGAGCGGCCAUGUGGUGAGAAGUCGCCCUCUAGAUUGUGUCCCAACGAUUCCCAUUGUACAGGCCCCUGGAUUGGCCCCAACUACGGCAUCACCCAGUUCGACAACAUAUUAUUUGCUGUGCUCACCGUCUUCCAGUGCAUCACUAUGGAGGGCUGGACCGACAUGCUCUAUUUCAGUAACGAUGCCUUAGGGAGUGCCUGGAACUGGAUGUACUACAUUCCUCUCAUCAUCAUUGGCUCCUUCUUCAUGCUCAACCUGGUGUUGGGUGUGCUGUCUGGAGAAUUUGCCAAAGAAAGAGAGCGUGUAGAAAACAGGAGUGAGUUUCUCAAAUUGAGACGACAACAGCAGAUUGAGAGGGAGCUGAACGGAUAUUUGGAGUGGAUCUGUAAAGCAGAGGAAGUCAUUCUGGCAGAGGAAGACAACAACACAGGGUCUCGACACAGAACCGCUGUAAAGAAGAGUAAGACAGACCUGCUGAACCCAGAGGAAGGUGAAGACCACAUGGGAGAUGCAGUGGGAUCUCCGUUCGCCCGUGCUAGCAUAAAGAGCGGGAAAGGCGACAGCUCCAGCUUCAAUAAGAAAGAGCGCCGGCUGCGGUUCUUCAUCCGGAAGAUAGUGAAGACUCAGGCUUUUUACUGGACCGUGCUCAGUCUGGUGGGACUCAACACACUGUGUGUGGCUGUGGUCCACCAUGAUCAGCCUGAGCUGCUUUCAGACUUCCUCUUUUAUGCGGAGUUCAUCUUCUUGGGCCUCUUUAUGUCAGAGAUGUUGAUAAAGAUGUACGGGCUGGGGACUCGGCCUUACUUUCAUUCCUCCUUCAACUGUUUUGACUGCGCAGUCAUUGUUGGGAGUAUAUUUGAGGUCAUCUGGGCUGUGGUAAAACCAGGUACCUCUUUUGGCAUCAGUGUAUUACGAGCUCUUCGACUGCUCAGGAUCUUCAAAGUGACCAAGUACUGGGCUUCCUUACGUAACCUGGUUGUCUCCUUGCUCAACUCUAUGAAGUCCAUCAUUAGCUUGCUCUUCCUCCUCUUCCUCUUCAUUGUGGUCUUUGCAUUACUGGGCAUGCAGCUUUUUGGAGGACAGUUUAACUUUGACACAGGUACUCCCUCUACAAACUUUGACACCUUUCCAGCUGCCAUCAUGACAGUCUUUCAGAUCUUGACAGGUGAGGACUGGAAUAUGGUGAUGUAUGAUGGUAUUGAGUCUCAGGGAGGAGUCAAUAAAGGCAUGAUCUUCUCCAUCUUCUUCAUCGUGCUCACACUCUUCGGCAACUACACACUACUGAAUGUAUUCUUGGCUAUCGCUGUGGAUAACCUGGCCAACGCUCAGGAACUAACCAAGGACGAACAGGAGGAAGAGGAGGCCACCACACAGAAGAUCGCCCUGCAGAAAGCCAAGGAGGUGGCAGAAGUCAGCCCACUGUCUGCUGCCAACCUCUCCAUCGCUGCGAAGGAACAGCAGAAGAAUUCCAAGGGGUCCAAGUCGGUUUGGGAACAGCGGACCAGCGAGAUCCGCAGGCAGAACCUGAUGACUAGCCGGGAGGCUCUGUACAACGAGCUAGAUGCGGAGGACCACUGGAAGAUGAACUACCGAAAUCGACCGGACAUGAAGACCCACCUGGACCGCCCACUGGUGGUCAACCCACAGGAGAACCGCAACAACAACACCAACAAACCUCGUCCUGGAGAACCGGGUCCUCAGGAACUCAGUCAGCAGCGGGCCGAGGACUACCUACGGCGCCAAGCCCACUACCACCACCACCAUCACCACCACCAUCAUCACCAGUGCAGCACCGGCACCACAGGCAGGUCCGAAAUGGGCUACAGCCAACAAUCCCUCCAGAAUGUGGAGGAGGAAGGAGAAGAGACACCCAAGCAACGGAGCAACAGGCACCAACAUGGAGAGGGCGGAGGGGAGUCCCGUCGCCCUCGGCAACACCGCCAUCGCCGUGACGACGAAGGCGGGGCAGGAGGGAAGAGACACAGAGAGGGUGGGCACAGGAGCCGAGGGGAGGGAGGAGAAGGAGGGGAGGAUGGGGCAGAGAGGAGGCAGAGGAGGCAUCGCCACAGUAACCAGUAUGAGAGUGAUGAUGGCAGGAGAGACAGGGAGAGGAGUAGACAACACAGAGCGAGAAAGUAAGGAGGUGGGCCCAGUCUUUCCACCACUCGACCCAUUCAGCAGGGUCUUCCACGUGGGGACAGCCAGUACAGUGAGGACCUGGAUAACCUCCGUAACAGCAGUAAACUAGCCAUCCACGAACCGGACCCAGACCCAUAUUCUGACCUCUUUCACCAUUCUGACCAUACCAACAACUUACUGAACCUGUGUGGCCCAGAACUCCAAGACAGCAGCCUAAUCCUCACUGAUCCCAAUAAAACUCCCAGCAAACUGGACCACACAACCAUUGACAUGCCCCCCUUCUACCCCUCCAUUAACGCCAAGCUACAGGUAAACAAAAACGCCAACACCGAAGGAGCUAAAAAGGAUGAGGAGAAGAAAGAGGAAGAGGGGGAUGAUGGUGGUGAUGAAGAUGGACCCAAACCCAUGCCUCCUUUCAGCUCUUGUUUCAUCCUGUCCACAACAAACCCGUUUCGUCGAUGCUGUCACUAUAUUCUGACCCUGCGGUACUUUGAGAUGUGUAUUCUGGCUGUUAUUGCUAUGAGCAGCAUAGCAUUGGCAGCAGAGGACCCCGUUUGUCCAGAUUCACCCCGGAAUAACGUGCUGCGAUAUUUUGACUAUGUCUUUACUGGCGUGUUCACUUUUGAAAUGCUGAUCAAGAUGGUGGUGCUAGGGAUGGUUAUGCACCAGGGUUCAUAUUUCCGUGACUUAUGGAACUUCCUGGACUUUAUAGUGGUUAGUGGUGCUCUGGUGGCCUUCGCCUUCACGAGCCAAUCCGGGGCGAGUGGUAAGGGGAAAGAUAUCAGCAUCAUCAAGUCUCUGAGAGUGCUAAGGGUGUUGCGACCACUCAAGACCAUCAAACGCCUGCCCAAACUCAAGGCUGUGUUCGACUGUGUGGUAAACUCUCUGAAGAACGUGCUGAAUAUCCUCAUCGUGUACAUGCUAUUCAUGUUCAUCUUUGCCGUGGUGGCAGUGCAGCUCUUUAAAGGACGUUUCUUCUAUUGCACUGAUGAAUCCAAAGAGUUUGAGCGGGACUGCAGGGGUGAAUAUCUGGUGUAUGAACGUGACGAUGUAAAAGCUCAGAAGCGGGAGUGGAAGAAGUACGAUUUCCACUACGACAACGUGCUUUGGGCCCUGUUAACUCUCUUCACUGUGUCUACUGGAGAGGGGUGGCCGCAGGUGCUAAAACACUCAGUGGAUUCCACCUUUGAGAACCAGGGCCCGAGCCCGGGGUACCGGAUGGAAAUGUCCAUCUUUUACGUGGUGUACUUCGUUGUCUUCCCCUUCUUCUUCGUUAACAUCUUUGUAGCUCUCAUCAUCAUCACCUUCCAAGAGCAAGGAGACAAGAUGAUGGAGGACUACAGUCUAGAAAAGAAUGAGAGAGCCUGUAUAGACUUUGCCAUAAAUGCGAAGCCUCUAACACGUCACAUGCCUCAAAAUAAGCAGAGCUUCCAGUACCGAAUGUGGCAGUUUGUCGUGUCACCACCAUUUGAAUAUAGCAUCAUGGCUCUCAUUGCACUCAAUACCAUCGUCCUAAUGAUGAAGUAUGACAAAGCACCAGACAGCUAUGAUAAAGUUCUGAAGAACCUGAACAUCGUGUUUACUAUACUGUUCUUUAUGGAAUGUAUUCUGAAGAUCAUUGCCUUUGGUGUACAAAAUUAUGUCAGAGAUGCUUGGAAUAUUUUUGAUUUUGUCUCUGUUCUCGGAAGCAUCAUAGACAUUUUAGUGACCGAGCUAGGGAAUAACUUCAUAAACUUGAGUUUCUUGCGGCUCUUCAGAGCUGCUCGACUCAUUAAGCUCCUCAGACAGGGAGAGACAAUUCGCAUCCUGCUCUGGACUUUUGUUCAGUCCUUCAAGGCUCUGCCUUAUGUAUGUCUGCUCAUUGCUAUUCUCUUCUUCAUCUACGCCAUCAUCGGCAUGCAGUUGUUUGGGAACUUAGCACUGGAUGAUGACAGCGCCAUCAACCCACACAAUAACUUCAGGACCUUUAUCAUGGCUCUAAUGCUCCUCUUCAGGAGCGCCACAGGUGAAGCAUGGCAGGAGAUCAUGCUGUCCUGUCUCGGAGGGAUGAAGUGCGAUCCCGCCAGUAAGAGUGAAGAAAACGAAUGUGGCAGCAACUUUGCCUAUGCCUACUUUGUUUCUUUCAUCUUCCUCUGUUCAUUCCUGAUGCUAAAUCUGUUUGUGGCUGUAAUCAUGGAUAACUUUGAGUAUUUGACACGAGACUCAUCCAUCCUUGGUCCUCACCAUCUGGAUGAGUAUGUGAGGAUAUGGGCCGAGUACGAUCCAGCAGCCUGCGGGCGAAUUCAUUAUAAGGAUAUGUACAGUUUAUUGCGAGUUAUCGACCCCCCCCUGGGCUUAGGCAAGAAAUGCCCUCAUAGGGUGGCCUGCAAGAGACUGUUGCGCAUGGACUUGCCAGUUGCUGAUGACAACACCGUGCAUUUUAACUCCACCCUCAUGGCCUUAAUCCGCACGGCCUUGGACAUCAAGAUUGCCAAGGGGGGUGCAGACAAACACCAGAUGGAUGCAGAACUGCGGAAGGAGAUGAUGGCGAUAUGGCCCAAUCUCUCCCAGAAGAACCUGGACCUGCUGGUCACACCACACAAGUCAGCGACAGACCUGACGGUGGGGAAGAUCUACGCAGCCAUGAUGAUCAUGGAGUACUACCGCCAGAGCAAGGCGAAAAAACUGCAGGCCCUCCGCGAGGAGCAGAACCGAACGCCAUUAAUGUUUCAGCGCAUGGAGCCCUCCCCGAACCAGGAAGGGGGACAGGGGGUUAAUGGUGUCCCCGAAUUACCCCAGGAACCCGUCAACAGCCUACCUCCGGAAGGUGGAAUGAGCGAGAGCCAGUCGUGGGUGACGCCUCGAGCCCAAGAGAUGUUCCAGAAGUCAGUUCCAGAAAACUGGAACCCAGAGAGACCCUAUCCCGACGAUCACCAUGACAACCGUCACAAUCCACAGACGGUAGAAAUGAGAGAGAUUGGGCCGGUUGGGGACGGUUACUCGGACACUGAGCCCUUUCACCCAAUGGAAGGGCAUGGGAGGACCAUCUCCAUGCCCCGCCUCUCAGCAGACAACCAACGACGGAGAACCCGGCCGCGCGGAAAUAACCUCAGUACCAUCACAGAUACCAGCCCCAUGCGGAGGUCCACCUCCUCACUGGUGCACGGGCGCUCUGGUCGAGGCGUGCGACUGGAUGAUUACUCCUUGGAGCGUGUGGUAUCAGAGGAAGGCCACAGGCACGGACACAGACGGAGAGACCGCGACCGGGAUCGGGAACGCAGCCACCGCACCUCAGAGAGAUCUCUUACACGCUACACUGACGCUGAUACAGGCCUUGGCACAGACCUGAGCACCACCACGCAGUCAGGUGACCUGCCGCCCAAGGAGAGGGAGCGGGAGCGGGGCCGGGCAAAAGACCGCCGACACCACCAUCACCAUCAUCAUCAUCACGGCUCCAUAGAUAAGGAACGCUACGGCCUGGACCGGGGGGAUUACGGCCAUCGCCACGCCCAUGACAGAGGCGAACGCCACUGGUCCCGCUCUCCCAGCGAGGGGCCCGAUGGCCGCACACACAGACAGGGCAGUAGUUCGGUGAGCGGGAGUCCCGUCCCGUCGACGUCGGGGACCAGCACGCCCCGUCGAGGUCGUCGCCAGCUGCCCCAGACCCCUUCCACGCCCCGGCCUCAUGUCACCUACUCCCCAGCUGUACGCAAGCCCCCAUACGGGUCACCCGGCCAGCCGGGCAGGCUCCGCUCCCCCUCCCCUCGACAUUUCUCCCCCCCUAGCCACGAGCCGCCCUAUCACCGGCCUCCAUCUCGCCACGCCUCUCCCCAUCACGGCUCUCCCCGCUCCCCCCGACACGCCUCUCCCCGAUCGCCCCACCAUGGCUCCCCUCGCUCCCCACGCCACGGCCGCUGGGGACCCCCGCCUGACAGCCUGGAGGGCGACGGCUCUUUUUACGAACGGGAUUACGAGUACGAGCGAUACCACGAGCCGCCGGCUUACGAGCAGAGCCUCUCGCAGGGCAACCCGCACCCGCCCCCUCACCCGCACACCCGCUCGCCAAGGACUGCCCGCCACGGGCCCCCUCCGCACCCUCGACGAAUGCCGAACGGCUACCGGUCCUCCUCGCCCUCCCCGCACCGACGUGGCCCCCACCCCGGCCCUCACAGGCCACAACACGCCCGCGGGCCCCGGAAGGGGCUGCACGAACCCUACAGCGAGACGGACGAGGAUGACUGGUGCUAG